GCGUAGAAAUCCGGAAGUUUACAAAACUGGUUGUUUCCGAAGAUAACUAAACAUUCAUGUUACAAUACCAUUAGUAAUAAGAGAAGUUAACCACUGUAAAAUGAAGACUAAAAUAAAACGACUACCAUUUGAAGACGCCUUAAACUAAUUGAGAGGGAACAGGGAGAUGUUUGCAGAGCGUUUUAUAUGUAAAACUGCUACUAUGCUGGAAUGACUUAAAUGUAUAUCUUCCGGGAGGAUAAGAACACAAAUAGGUCAUUAGAAAUGCGGACAGGACGUAAGGAAGACGUCAAUAAAGAGAGGUAAAGUCAAGUUGAGAUGACGACUGACUGAUUGAGAUCACGAGUAACGAACGGGAGAUUCCUCAGAGCAAUGGAUCAAAUGCUGGCUCUUCUCUUGCUCCUCCACCACCUCCAUCUUAGCUCCGCUGACACGGAGGAGGUGCAGGUGCAGGUGGUCAUCAACAGCACGCCCUGCAGCGUCACGUGCGGCAUGGGCGUCAAGGUGCAAACGGUUUGCAAGCUGAAAGAUGGCCAGAAGGCACUGGAGGAGAAACAUGAAGCGUUUCCCCAAGGGGACGAGGAAUUGGAACAGUGUCACGAUGUGGAAGUGAGGUGUCGAGAGUCGUGGCAGUGUGGACUAAAGACAGUCACCAUGACAACAGGCGAGAGGCUGGAGCUCAACUGUCUGGUGGAGAACAACAAAAAGCUGGUGAAUAAGCUCUUGUGGAGGGUGUCAUGGCACCGCGCCCCAGGGGUGAUCAGCUCUGAUGACUCGCUCUUCGCUCGCUGGGAGAGUCCGCAGGUUGACCUGGUCAUUCUGGACCCGGUCAAGGAGGAACAUGCAGGAACAUACCGCUGUGACGUGCUGGAUGCCAAUUUCAGAAGGUUGAAAACGGUUUACUGGGGGGUCCGAGUGCUGCCAAGAGGAGUCCUGAAUCUGGACUACAACCACGCUCAGAGUGUGUGGGAGUCACCUUGGCACUGGAAGAAGCACAUUGUGUCAAUCCAGCAUGACACCCGGAUCCUCUGGCUUUAUAUCAUGCUGACUAUUCUGAGCCUUCUCAACGUGGCAGCGGUGGUCAUCCUUGUGGUGAGGAUGUUGAAGAACAGAGCAUCUUAUAAAAUCCCUGAGGAUACAAACUGCGCUGAAACUAUGUCACAGCUUUGACAGCUCCUACCAGUCAACAUUGACAACAUCAACACAAACCUUUUAUGAAUGUUAGAAGUCUUUAUUCUGUUUUCUCCUUCUUGCACAAUUGUGGUCCAGAGUUUAUAAAAACUUAUCAUGGGCACGAUUAGCAUAAUGAUCUACGGCUUUUAAUAAUUGAUUUGAAACUUUCAGCAUGAUAAUUAUAGAAAAUGCAUCUUUAACAAGUUUUAAAACAAGGAAUUGGAUCCACACAUUUUAAAUAAUGUUUGUUUUUCUCUACACCACACAGGGUCAAAGUUAUACUGCUCGGCUCUAAUAUGGACAAAGUAUAUCCGUUUAAAGCUACUGGUGGCUGGAAUAUAUCCCAUUGGGUCAUUACGGGGCUUUCAACAGCCACUCAAAAUGCACGUGCUUUAAUUCACAUGAAAACAUAGGCUCUGUUUCUGCGUUUGUAAACAAGACGGUGCAGCCUGUUAGCAGCUAACAGUCCACGCCAAUACAGUAUACACAGAAUAUAUAUAUAUUUUUUUUACAAUAAUAGUUACCUAUAUAAUUUCAUUUCACUGGUGUCGGACCAAAAACUGUCAAAAUUUGGUCAUUUUAAUAUUUUUUUCACAAAUCUAUACUAUUGAUCAUUCUCCACGUAGGUCUCUUAUUUUUACAAACUAUUGAUCAUGAAAUUGCACUGACUUUGUUGUCCUUGACUAUAUUAACUUUGCUCUUUGGCAAUGCAAUGUUAAGGGGUCAACAAACAUGCCUGUUUUUCUAUUCAACUUUAUGUCUUGUUUUAAAAACAUAACCCAUUUUGUUUGUUCAUCCAGGAGCCAAUAGAUGGCAGUGCUCGCUCACAUUAAAUCAGGUCUCUCACACUCUUUUAUUUGUUGGCCAUUAUUAAUCGCUCUUAUUUAAAGUAAAAAAGGUAGAAAAGAGUCAUAUCAUGGGUUGCAUUGAAAGUCAUAGGUUGUUUACGGAUAUCAGUUAUACUCCAAUAUCACACUUCCAACCACUCUACAUACACUGUUCUCUACAUACACUGAGUUGAGUUCUGCACCACACUAGUGUCAUGUAUGACCACAAUCUGAAAAGACUAAAGUCACAAAAAGUCUGAAUGCAACAGUAUUUGUGUAAAUUUUAGUGAGGAGCAGAGGCAACAAUUCAUGCCAAGACUCCAGGUAAAUAAGAUCAGUGCAAUUAUUAUGACAUUUACUGUAAUUCAUUCAUUUCCUGGUGUAACACGGAACAAGAUGUCAUUUCCAUUUGUGAGCUUGAUAAGACAAAGCCAUGUUUACCCUGCCACAUGCAAUGUGAUGACUAUUGCAUGGUAGCGCUCUUGGGAUUUCAAACAGGCCAGACCACUGUGAUGCAACCUCCACGGCUUUGUCACCUGUGUAGUGAGCUACCAUCUCAAUACAGUUGUAGGUUGUGAAAAACAACAUGGGACACACGAAAUGAAACCAAACACAAUCCAAACCAACAUACAGACCAUGACAAAGUCAAUCACAUUCAUGUUUGCUUCAGUUGUUUAUUUGCACCUCCCCUCUCAAAAAGAUACCAAAAUACCGGCAAAUCAGUUGAGAUGUACAAAUUCUAGGUCACAUCAAUGGUGGAAAAAGUUUGAAAAUAAUUUAUCUUGCUCAAAAUUCUUUUACGACACAAAGAGCUGGCAUUUGACCAGGGGUGUGUAUAUUUUUUAUAUCCACUGCAGCCUUAUUACUGUUUUUGUAAUCUGCCAGGUGAGCCUACAGUAUUAUGCUGUUUAACAAGCGGAAAACCAAAGACCAUUUCUUGGAGCUGAAUUGGCCUUAAUUUUGUUAUUUUACGAAGAUUUUAUUUAUUGAGAUUUUGAUAAAUUGAUAUCGUCCAGCAAUAUCUGAAUUUAGACAUUCCUUUUAUUUAGUUACUUUUAUUUCAUUUGAUGUACUCGGAUUUAAAAAAUAAAUCUAAACUUACUCACGAGUGACUCAGUACUUGAGUAGUUUUUUCACUGAAUACCUUCUUCCUCUUACUCAAGUAAUCAUUUGGAGGACUACUUACUAUUUCUUGAGUCAUAUUAUUCUAAAGUAACAGUACACUUACUUAAGUACAUUAUUUGGCUACUCUACCCAACUCUGAAUCAGAAUUUCUAUUGACCCAGCGUUAAUGUUAGUUAUUCACUCAAGUUAUCUGAUGUUCCCAUGCAGUUAUUUACAAUUUAUUUUGUACUAAUACACACCUUUAUUGACGUACAGAAAACAUUUUGU